CUCAUGUGCUAAAGUUUAUUGCGCGACUUGCAUUUUGGCAAAAAGCCAUGGAAAAAUUGAAAAAGAAACAUAGGCUGGCUUCUCCACGAAAUACAAAUAAAACCACCGUGUCUAAUAACCCUCAAAAAUUCCAACCUUCUCAAACAUUAAGAAAAAGAAAUCCACAACGUCCAGCUACAAUUCCAACAGACGUCUAUGUUUCCCGCUCUUCAAAUUUUAAAGGACAAUUACUGCGGGCGGAAAAGCUCUUGAUAAAAGAUAGCCAUCCUUCAAUAACAAUUCACGGCUUAGGAGCCGCGAUUCAAAAAUCAAUUAAUUUAGUAUUAGCUUUAAAAGAUUUAACUCAUAACCAAAUUGCUUACAAAGUUACUACUGGUACUGUUGAACUGAUUGAUGAUAUUAUUCCCGACGAUGAUGUUAAGUUCAACAUUUCUUGA